AUGCGUCCCGUCAGGCUAUUUGCCUUUUUAUUGGGACCACUGCUGGUCUAUGGCUCUCAAACGCCAUUAAACGCCUAUUCAACGACGCUCGUCGACUUGUUGAGCGCUGAUGCAGAUUAUACGCAACUGCUGCGGCUGCUCCAGCGCACACGGCUCAUCCCCACACUCAACAAGCUCAACGGGAGCACACUCUUUGCACCGACAAACGACGCCGUUCGGCGGUUUAGUCCAUGGAACGAAUACCUUAGCCUUUCAGAUGACGCGCUGACCGAUAAUAUCAACGAACAAGUUCGUCAGACACUGCUAUAUCAUCUUCUCAAUUAUACCCUCCCCUCAUUCCCGCCGAAAUCAGACGUAGAAACGUACCGGACGUUGCACUUUCCGCGGGUGAAGCUCGAACCGCCCUCAAAGGAUCCGCCACCCGCGCCCCCGUGGAUCCCACUACCAGGAGGUUCGCUCAAUAACGAAUCUCAGAGACUGCGGGCGGCCUCGAGGGACGGUCAUGCUUACGUCGGCGUGGACGCAUAUGGUCAAUCCGGUAUUUCGACUGCAAAGGACCCCGUUAAUGGGACGAAUUGCAUGCUCAUUGGCAUCAAGGACGUCAUUGAGACACCGUCAAGUUUGGCAGCAAUCAUCCGGGAUACACCGUCGCUGUCCUACCUCAGCAAGAUUUUGCCCGAGUCGCAGAUGGACGAUUUGGAAAAGCAGCCUGGCCUUACUGUAUUCCUCCCCGAGGAUGAUGGAUGGGACGAGCUUCACCCGAUCAUCCGGCUCUACCUCGAGAGUCCUUUCGCCCAUGCUGACCUCAAAUGGAUUCUCGGAAUGCAUAUGGCCGAUGGUAAACUUGGAUACUCGACUAGAUUCGGAGACUCUACGAAAUUGCGCACCAUCGAAGGCAACAAACUGCGGAUCAACGUUACAUCCGAUUCUAUUCUUGUCUCCGGAGCAGAAGUGCGGCAGAAGGACAUAUAUGCCUCCAACGGAGUACUUCAUACCGUUUCAAAUCUGUUACUGCCCUCGGGUUCACUCCAACUGAACGCGGAGAAAUAUCUACUGGCCCUCAACUGCUCUACGUUUGUUGGGCUACUUCGGUCCGUCAAUCUCACCUCUCUCGUCACCGAUAUAAAUGCGGAAUACACGAUACUCGCACCACGAGACGACGUACUUGAGAUUGCGGGCGGAGGUAAUUUCCCAGAUGAAGGAACAGAUGAGCUCAAGCGCUCUCUGAGAUACCAUUUUAUCCCUGGGAAAUGGAGGACAGAUCGCCUGAAGGAUGGGGCUUUGCUGGAGACUGAGCUCAUCGAGGUUGGCCUUGGUGGCGCUCGGCAGGUGCUGGAUGUCGGUCUCUCGUCGAAGCUAGCGAUGAAGUCUGGAGGCAAAGGGAAGAAGGAGAUAUACUUUGGUGGAGCAGGAGUGAUUGGUGAACCCAUUGAAAUCGAGAACACCCUCAUAUAUCUCGUAUCAAGACCUCUUACACCUCCUUCUGACGUUUUGACCACGGCACUACCCUCUCUGGACCUAUCAACCUACCUUGCUGCCGUCUUCUCAACGUCCUUGGCUGAGACGGUGAAGAAUCUGCCCAAGACAACUUUCUUGAUCCCAACCAACAAGGCGUGGGAGAGGCUCGGUCUCGUCACAUCGUAUCUCCUGAUGCCCACGUCAAAGAAGGAUCUAGAGAGCGUGGUCCUUCACCACACGCUAGACUCUGUCGAAUAUUUUAGUGACCUCCGAAACGGCACCGAUCGAUCGUUCAGGACAUUUGAAGGCACCGAUGUCAGUGUCACCCGCCCUUCAGAUGAUCAAGGCGAUAUCGAAGUGGUCUUUUCUGGUAGCGGAGGCUGGGACGGUCUCCAGGCAAAACUCGACAUGCGUAAUAGAAUCAAUACAUUGACAGAAACAGGCGUGCUACAUCAGAUUGAUACGCUGAUGAUACCACGUUCUGUGCAGGUCACCCUCGGCAAGUUGGUUCGGGCGGCUGGAGGAGGUACGAUGGCCAGCCUCGUUACACGCGCCGGAUUCGACUGGGUCCUGAACGGUACAGCACCACCAGAGGAUUCCGAGUAUGCCAAGUAUGGACAAGGUGUUGGCUGGACAUUGCUGGUCCCUCGAGAUGAAGCAUGGCGGGAUGUAAACCUCACCAAGCUAUGGGACGACGCAGAUGCUGUUCGAAAUCUCGUCACUCAGCACUUGAUCCCGACAUUCCCGCCUGCAAAGGAUGACGACAAGCAUCAUGGAGGCAAGAAGCCCCGUGACAACUUGAACGCCCUCGUCGCUGCAGACGAAAAUGCCAUGCCACUAAAUAUGUACGGGCAGACGCAUGUCACGGCUCGCUCGAGCUUUUCCUCGUAUGGGCAAAUCAGCUUUAUGGAUAAAGGCGAUCACUUUGUCGUCGGGAUCACUGGUGCCAGAGGUACUCGAGGAGACGAAGACUGGGCAAAGGUCAUGACCUGGGGACGAAGUACAACCAGUACCGGUACACACGGACAAUAUAGUACCAAAGGUGGUGUUAUCAAGAUUGACCGAGUGCUGCAACCGUACACGCCGAGAUGGUGGGUGCGCUUCGGCCCGCCAAUCGCAGCAACUCUGGCCGUUCUUUUCGUGAUUCUCGCCUUGGGAUUCACGGCUCGCUGGUUGUAUAAGCGCAAAGAGAGCGAACCGACGUAUGAACCGGUCGGGCGAGACGAGGAAGAGGACGGGUGA